GCAUCACCGAAUCAUCUGUAUCUGGUAUUUUAGAACUUAACUUCCUACCUGAUAAACCCGCACAUGCCAAACAAAUUGAUAUCACUUUAAAAGGGGUGGAAUAUGUUUUUUGGACAGAAAAACAUGGAGAAAGUACUAAAGUUCAUAGACAUAAAGAAAUUUUAAUUUGUCAAGAUAUAUGCGUUUGGAGAAGCCAUGAUAAUACAUAUCAAGAGAUUAAUGAAUUACAAUUUCCUUUUCAAUUUGAAUUGCCUAAUCAUCUACCCUCUUCUGUGAAAUUUGCUAGAGAAGAAUCUAAAAUUUAUUACAGCUUGAAAGCAAGCAUGAAACAAGAAUCCAGUAUGUUGAAAUUUCUUGGUUCAACUGAAUCCAUUAAAAUUCGUUGCCCGAUAACCAGGUAUUCUUUAUUUCCAACGAUUUCAAAUCCAACUCAUUUUUCAAAUUAUGAUGACCCUUCUGCUGUCUCUCGGGGAAUUGGAUAUUCUUUAUCAUUGGAGCAUAAUGUAUUUA